GUUCCGACACAACGUACACACCGGUUGCGUGCGGGUACUUCUUGCAUUUUUCCACUCUAGAGCGAGAGAGCAAGAGAGUCGGGUGACGGAGUCGCGAUGGCGUUUGGGAGGUUUUGCGAUUUUUCAGCAAACAUACGAACGCACGCCACGAUCGUUGGGGUGAUCACGGCACUGGACGCCAUCCUAACACUACUUCUGAGCGUAGUGCUGCGCACCGACGAUGACCUCGGGGAAAAUCUGAAAGAGCUCGACGGCCAGCAGGAUGUGGUUAUGUGGCUCGGCAUCAUAGAACUGACCUUCUUCGGCAUCUACUGCCUCGGAGUCAUCAGACAACAACGAUGGUGCCUGACACUGUUUCUGGUGUUUGUUUACCAGUGCUUCGUGCUGCACUUGUUUCUGCUGGUCGGCGCUAUCAUGAUGUGCAGCAUCGGAAGCACGGUGAUAAUGGUGACCAUUCUAGGAAUCGUCACGUACAUGCUGCUGGUGGUGCAUCAACUGCGGAGCUCAAUCUCCGUUGCACUUGAUGCAGAUCGCAAACCGGAGGCCGAUAGCGGGACGGUGUAACGUGGAGUGCAACACCGCUGCGGCGUCGUUAGCAUAUCUUUUCGAUCCCUAUCCGCGGGCCGAAUUUCGCAACAUCUAUUUAUAGAAACGAGAAUAAAACAGUGGAAAAAUGCGACAAAAGUGCAGGCGACAAGCGUGGGUGGGUCUCCAAUCUGGCACGAUCGCCAUCAGACCGUGACCGCGACCGUGAACUUAGUUUAGCGUCAACAUUCGCAUAAAGACCGCAUGAUUUGGUAUGGCAUGGGUCGCUAUCGAUGUCCACCGGAAAAUGACAAACAACAAUAUAUGUGCCGAUCAGUGUUGGUUUUCAGAGGGUUUGUGCUUGUUUGAGUACUGUUAGAGUUAAUUUCAUACUUAAUAACUUAAUUGGGCUCAACCGCUGUUAACAUUUUUAAUGUUAUUCAUUA